ACGAUAAUGGCGGAGUAGAAACGGUCGAAGUUAACGAUGAUGAAGCUUCUCUUGAUGAUGAUGAUGAAGGUUUUAUGCUCAAAUUUUUUUUUUUUUUGUAGUUUUUGAUUUUGUUGUGAAAUUAAACACAAAUUGGUGAAAUUAAAGAUGAAUUGGACCGAAAUUUGGUUUUUCUGUGUUGAUGAUUUAUAUUUGAAGCUUGCUAGUCAAGAGAUUAGUUGAUGAUAUUCCUUUACUUUGAAAAAAAGAAAGAUAUUGAUGAUAUUGAUGAUAAACGAGGAGAGAGAAAGAUCGAGCAAGCUUUUGAGAUUAGUCCAUUUUGUUUGUCUGUCACGCCAGCCACACGGUUUCCUUUCCGUGUGGCGUGUUGCACAAAAAACGGAUUGUUAAAAAUACGUUCAACUAAAAUUUAGACCAUUUACAAUUGUCCAGAAAAUCUAGGAAGGUUUCCCCUAAAAAAAAAAAAAAAAAAAGUUGCGUUUUCUCCGUUCCCUCCUCCCGGAAACUUCUUUUGAACUGCAGUCUAUCAUCACUCACUUUCUCCUACCUCCGAGCUAUGUCUAUGCCAAUAUGUCUAGAUCCUAUAGAUUUUCUUUGCUGAAGCCUGAAUCAUAAGUAGUAGUUUUUCAUGGAGCUUUAUUUCUAUAAAUUCAGGUGGCAAAAUUGAUUUUUUUGUGUGUGUAAUUUCAUUUUACAGUUCAGAGUACUGCUGGUUCACUUCACUCGGAUGUGUUCUCUCACCUACUCUUCUUGGUAUCUUAUUCACAACUAACUUAACACUUGAGAGAGGAAAGAGGAGAGAGAAAGAGAGACAUGGGUUUAGCAAAGACAGCUCUAUCAAAGAUUGGUCGGCAAGCAAAAGUCCCACAUGGGUUAUGCGCUAAGAUGACGGCAGUGGUGAUAUUGGGUUUGUGUUUCAUUUUUGUCUGGUCAUUCUUUUCAUCAACCCCGGAUUCCUUGGCAGCUCAGAGAGAGAGUUUCAGUGAUAUUGCAGACCCAGCAGCAGCAACAACUACACCAUCAUCAUCAUCAUCAUCAUCAUCAUCUUCGCAAUCGCAUACAAACAGGGCUACUCAUUCAGCAACCAUGUCCCGUAGUAAGCACAAGCAGCGCGGUAAUUUGAGCAAGAAAACCAGUAAAAAUGUAAAUGUGACUGUUACUGGUGAGCAGAAUUCUAACAAAACAAAAGAUGAAGGAUCUGAAAGAUCUGAGGUUGAUGAAGAAAAUCAAAAUGAAUCAGUGGUUGAUGGGAAGGAAGAUGCAUUUCAAGGUGAAGGUGAAGGUGAAGGUGAAGGUGAUGUCAAUGAAGAUCCUGAGUUGGAAAAUGGGGUGGAUGUUAAACUUAGUGAGAGCGAGGAGGAUGAUGUAGCCGGUACUCGGUCGAUGAAGAAGCAUUUGGGUCCAAUGUUUGAUCCCAAGGCUCAUUACAGUUGGAAAUUGUGUAAUGUAAGAAGUAAACACAAUUACAUUCCUUGCAUUGAUAUUGAAAGUCCCAAAGGAAAAAUUCAGAGAUAUCGACAUCAUGAAAAGAGCUGUCCUUCAACACCUCCAAUGUGUUUAGUCUCUCUUCCUCCCGAUGGUUAUGAAACUACUUUACACUGGUCUCAAACCAAAACAAAGAUAUUGUACAAGAAUGUUGCACAUCCUAAACUUGCUGCAUAUAUUAAGACUAACACUUGGGCCUUCCAGUCCGGAGAAUAUCUUGUCUUUCCUCAAAAUCGCUCAAACGUUGUUGGUGGAGUUGGUCACUACCUUGAAUCCAUCGUAGAGAUGGUACCAGAUAUUGAAUGGGGAAAGAAUGUCCGUGUGGUGCUAGACAUUGGAGUCAUCGACUCAAGUUUCACAGCAUCUCUCUUUGACAAAAGUGUGCUAACUUUAUCACUAGGAUUGAAUAAUGACCUGGUGGACUUGGCACAAAUCGCAAUUGAGCGUGGAUUUCCUGCAAUUGUCAGCCCAUUUGCAAAUAGAAGACUUCCACUCCCCAGCUCUUCUUUUGACGCCAUUCACUGUGGUGGAUGCAACAUGCAUUGGCAAUCUAAUGGGGGCAAGAAGCUUCUUGAAUUGAAUAGAAUUUUGCGACCAGGUGGAUACUUUGUUUUGUCAGAAAAGCAUAGCAGCAUUGAAAAGGAAGAAGCCAUGACUUCAUUGACAGCAGCUAUCUGUUGGAAUGUCCUUGCUGAUAAAACAGACGAAGUCGCUGAAGUUGGUGUCAAAAUUUAUCAAAAGGCAGAUUCAAAUUCUAUUUAUGAACUACGUAGGAAGAAGAAUCCUCCUUUAUGCAAGGAGAGCGAGAAUCCAGAUGCAGCCUGGUAUAUUCCAAUUAGACAUUGUUUGGACCUUAUACCCACUGCAAUUGAGCAGCAUGGGACCGAGUGGCCUGCAGAAUGGCCCAAAAGGCUUGAAAGUUAUCCUGACUGGUUGAGCGACAAGGAGAAAGUAAAGGCAGACACAAAGCACUGGAAGGCUAUAGUUGACAAGUCCUAUCUCACUGGAAUGGGUAUUGAUUGGACAAAUAUCCGAAAUGUGAUGGAUAUGAAAGCCAUUUAUGGGGGGUUUGCGGCUGCUCUUUCAGAACAAAAUGUCUGGGUCAUGAAUGUAGUCCCUGUUCAUGCUCCAAAUACACUUCCUCUUAUCUAUGAACGUGGUCUCUUUGGCAUUUAUCAUGAUUGGUGUGAAUCUUUUGGUACUUAUCCAAGGUCAUAUGAUCUGUUGCAUGCAGAUCAUCUCUUUUCACGACUAAAAAGUAGAUGUAACCAACCAGUGGCAAUAGUUGUUGAGAUGGAUCGCAUAUUGCGUCCCAGAGGUUGGGUAAUUGUGCGUGAUAAGGCUGUGAUACUGGAAUCCCUCGAAAGAAUAUUUAGAAGUUUGAACUGGGAUAUCCACAUGACGUUUGCUCAGGAUAAGGAGGGCAUUCUUGUGGCUCAGAAAACAAUUUGGAGGCCUUGAGGUCAAGCUACAAUUUAAGUGCAUCCUAUUCUCCACCUGGGAGCUAAGGCGUCAAUUUGACACUUUGCUUUACCUGUGCUGAUUCUGCCAGACGUAUAUGACCGUCCACGAUUUUGCAGAUAUAUCCAAAAUAUCAGGUUCAUUCAUGCUCCUGUAUGAGAUGUUGUGGUGAACCUUAAACUAUCUCUUCUUUCUUGUGUAUAACAUACUCGCACAUUAAUGAGGAUAGCUCUAUGUUUGGGUGAAUUAUGAAGUCUCAAGGUGACUAGAAAUACUGAUUUUCCAUUUUUCUAGUUCCACCUUUGAUUUUGUUAUUCAUCCAGGAGUAUCUGGCUGGAAAAGGUUUUUCACACUUUGCAGAGGCAGUGAUGUUUGCUUGUCACGAAGCCCUAAUAGAAGCAUUGCCGCUAGCAGGUGGUUUGUCUUAUAUGCAGAACACAAGGACCCUCUAUUUGGCCGUUCUAUCUCUAAUGUGAGUGGAAAAUGAGCAGCAAAAAGGCUUAGAAAGCAACUUUCAGAAGUAUCUAGUGCAUGAAUUGUUACUGAUUGUAUGCAUUAUUGCUAAAGUUUUUGGCUCCUUUUAUUUGCAGUAGCAUGUAUCUACUUACAUAUGUGACACUGCUCCGGUUGGUUCCGAGCCCAAUGUGUGAUGAGAAUGUAUACGGUGCCUUUCCUUUCUCCCUGUAACAGUCCUUAAUUUGUGAGAGAUGCAAUUGGAUACUCCUGUGACAAUACUAUUACUUCA